CUUUCACAAAACCCAAAACACGCCAAAUUUCAAAGCAAAAACGCUCUGCAGCCAACUUUGAAUUGGCGAAAAAACGGCCAACCCAGCCAGCCACAACCCCGCCACAACACCCACGGCAGCAACCACAACCCAGCAACCACACGUUGUCUACAUCGACCACAGCCGACAAGGGCCAGCAGGCAAGAGAUGAGCAGGUCCAGCAAGAUCCAGGUGGUGUGCCGCCUGGACACGCUGGAAGACAGCGAUGAUCAGGUUGCAGCUGUUCCAGUGGAAGAUGACACCUUGCGCAUCAACGACGACUCUUACCAACUGACACGAGUGUUUGGUGGAGAGGCGUCAAACAGGAUUGUGGCAAACUACGUCAACAAGAAACCCAUUGAGUGCUUCAUGGACGGCUUCAACGCAAGCACCAUUGCUUUUGGCGCAUCUGCGAACGACACCAUCUUCGGCUCGUCCACAAGCCCAGGCUGCGUCUACUACGCCAUCGAGCAAAUUCACACGCGCAUGCGCGCAGCAGGGGGCGCAGACAUGUGGCAGCUCGCCAUUGGCUGCUUCUGCAUUGUUCAAGGCCGUGUUGUGGACAUGCUGAGCCCGGAGUACAGCCGAGGCGCGCACCGCACCACGUGUGGAUCCCCAGACCAAACAACGCUCGUCAUGCCCACGGAGGAGGUGGAGGCAGCCGAUAUCGUCAACACUGCGCUCGACCGCCACCAAGACCUCGCCGCUAUGUACGGCGACGACACCUGCCACCUCGUCCUGCGGUUCGCGCUCUACGACACCACCCUCAAGCGCGGUGCAUACCUGACGUUUGUGCACGCUGCCGGCCUCGCCACCUUCCUGCGUGACGGCCGCUGCUCCGACGCACAUGCGUCCAGCGAUGCGCGCACGAUUGUGUCGUUGCUGGAGCAAGUUGGCCAGGCCAAGCAUGCCGGCGCUGCCUCCACCACCAGCAGUGAUGUCGCGUCCAGCCCCGCAGCCAAGUUUGUGGCCACCCUCCUCAACACAUCCUUCAUCGGCCUUGUUGCCUGUGUUGGCGCCCGGGAGUCGCAGGCCACUGCCACCACCAGCGCCGUUUCUCUUGUUGCGCCGCUCGCCGUUGCCAAGUGCACGUGCACACGCGUCCCCUCGGCGGACUUUGAGGAGUUUGCUGGCACCGAACGCGUCUUGCCAACCUUUGCGCGGUCACCGCGCCAGCAGCAGCAGCAGCAGCAACACGAGUAUCGCAGCCACCAUGCGCGACAGGCUGGGCGCGGCCGCCACUCGCCAUCGUAUGUACCCCACAGCUCGGCACUACACGGCACAGACACGGCCCCGGGGUUCACUGGCCGCCGCCCUGGUGGAGAUGCGCUGCCAUCACGCAUUGACGCGCCCUCAGACGACUCACCAUCGUCCGACUCUGCAUCGCCUUCGCCCCCGCCCAAGGGCUCCUCACACCACCACCACCAUCACCACCGCCACCGCCACCGCCACCAUCGUCACGGCUACGAGGAUGAGCAUGAGGAUGAGUACGAAGACUCGCCACAGCAACAGCAGCAACAGCAACAGCAGCAUGAGGGGUAUCGCCGGUAUCCAGACCCGAGGCCGUACGAGACCCCGCCUGCUGCCCGCGUGCCUGCAAGCAGGACUAGUGGCAGCACUGGUGAUCAUGGCGCAAGACGAGACCCGCACGAUGCAGAUCUCUCGCGGCUGUUUGACCUCACGGAGGAUGAGCAGGUGGCGGCACCCGACGCUGGGCACAAGCGGAGCGUGCGGUUCAAGGAGGAGGGCGCGGCAGAGACAACCAAGGGAGAGAUGCACACGCCACCAAGAACAACAACAGCAGCUGGAGGGGGAGGGAAGACGGAGCGUGGCCGUGAUGCUCGCGAUGGCGCCGGCUGGCGAUCGACACCCUGGGAGACGCCAGAAACACGUGAUGUGCACCGGGCAACACAAGAGCUGCUGGCACAGGAACACCGCCACCUCCCCUCCCGCGCGUCCAAGACAACAGCAGCAACGAAGAGCGCCGCAGCCGCUGGUGGUGCGCGCGGCGGCAACGCGCGUUACGCCACGCGGGCUCGUGCACACGAUGAGGAAAGUGUCCACCCGCAAACGCUUCGCGCUCCACCCGCGCCUGCAGCAGCAACAGCUGGCACCACCACGUACUACUCGCGGACGCACGUGCAGCCCAGUGGUGCAACCACCACCACAACGUCAGCAGCGGCGCCAGCCACGACAUCUGUCACAACCACGAGCAUUGGCGCGCAGCGUCCCAUGCUCUCGGCGGUGCAUCAAGCGGAGGCAGCGAGGAAGAGGGCAGCAGAACUGCUUCGCCGCUACUCGCGCUCCCCUCCCUCUACCACCGUGACCACGACCACCACUGCUGCUGCCCCUGUUGCUGACGAAGAGCGGCACGUGCGCGACAUUCGCGGGCUGCGACGCCGGGCGGAAGUGCGCGAGGCAACAGACGCAUACACGCGCGGCAACUUUGAAAUUGACGAGGAAUUGCAGGAAAUUGCAUUGUGUGGCUCCAUUCGCGACAAGCGGCGCGAGCUUGAGUCUGUUGAUGGCGCAGAGCGACACAUGAGUGGCAAAGGCGUUGGCACUGGUGGCAGCACAACCACCACCGUGCACUUUGCACCGUCAUCGCUGCGCCGGCAGCAAACACAGGAGAGCGGGCGUGCAAAGGAGACGCGCACAACAACGACAACGUACUACGGCGGGGGCCUGGCGAGCAGCCAACGGCGGGUAGAGACGGUGACCACAACAGAGGAGGAACCGAACAUCGACCACGUGCGCGUGCGCAUUUUGGAGGAAGAGAACGCAGACCUGAAGCAGCAGCUGGCGACGCUGCGUGAUGAGAAGCGAGCGGCGGAGGAGGAGUGCUUGCAGAUGUGCGCAGAGCGCGAUGACGCGAAACGCGAGCGCACGACGUACGAAGCGCACUUUGACGCCAUGCAAUCCGACUGCAAUGCGCAGAAGGACCUGGUGGCGCAGCUGUCCCGCGAGCUGGAGGAGGCCAAGGAGGAGCUUGCAGCCAAGACGCGCGCCCUCAAGGAGCAGAAGGAGAGGCACGUCGACGUGGCAGACCAGCUUGAGAAGGCGGGCAUGCUGAGCGAGGAGUUUCAGGCGGAACUGCAGCGCUGCCGGGAAGAGAACCAGAAGCUGCGGAAGGACAACGUGGCGCUGGCGCAGCGGGAGGAGGCGACAACGGCAGCACAUGCGCAGCUUGAGAGCGAGCUUGAGGACGUGUCUGCACGGCUGGCGGCGGCGCAGGAGGAGGUGCAGGCGAAGAAGGAGACGAUCAGAGAGCUCCGUGGUGCGAACAUCUCGCUUGAACAGCAGACGGAGCGGCAGACGCGCAAGAUUGAGUCGCUGCGCAACGAGCUUGAGCUUGCGGCCGUCUCGCACGACACGCUACGUCAACAGGUGAAGGAUGAGCGAGGUGCGGUGAAGAAGCUGCGGGGCGAGGCGCACGGCACGGCACAGCAGCUGGGGCAGGUGCAGGAUGAGCUGGACAAGGUGCGGGUUGAGCGCGACUCGCUCCGGGCGUCGCUCACCGAUGCGGACGAGAACGGGCAGCGGCUGCAGGCGCAGGUUGAGGCGUUUAGGGCGAAGCUUGAGGCCAUGGUGAAGCGUGUGGAGGGAUACAAGAAGCAGCGCGCGCUGUUCCUGAAGGAGCAGCAGCAGUUGCUGAAGAUUCUUGCUGCGGUGCAUUCGCUUGUCGACGCUGCUGGGGCGCACGCGAGCAAGUGCCAGGCGCGCGGGUUCUUUGCGCUCAAGUCCCGCAAGUUGCACGAGGACCUGCAGCGGGUGAUGGACAGCUUGAUGGAUCACAUUAUCGAAUCGUCUUCCAAGCUCAGCUCGCGCAAGGACAUUCUGCAGCAGCUCAAGGAGAUGCAGCUCUUCUAACCGACCCGUGUGUUUGUGUGUCUGUCUGUGUUUGUGUGUCUGUGUGCCUGUGUGCCUGUUUAUGUGUGACCAGAAAGCCUGAUGGGCCGUUGAUUGAACGUGUGCAUUUUGUUUGCUGUUGUGCUUUACUUCGUUGCACCCACCACCAUUCCUGGCGCUAUUGGGCAAUUAGGCGCCAUGCAUGCCUCUUUACUUUGUCUUCCCUCUUUACUUUGUGUUCCCUGCCUGUUUUUGUCGCUUGCGUGAUUUGGUUUCAUCAUGAUGUGCUGCUGUUUAUAUUGCAUCGACUGCCCGCUGUUUGUUGCUUCCGUUGUUCCGUUUUGUGAGAGGGCGGUGCUGUUUCAUGACGACGUGGCUUUGUGUGAUUUGAACGACAAAUACAACAAUACCGCAA